CGAGUCGGUCCCUGAACGGAACCAGUCAGUCCCCCUUUUGCAGUUGCAGCGCAAGUGAGACCGGGCGGCAGCCAUCCCCCAAUCCCAAACGGCUGCAUGCCGGACCAGCUGCAAAGAACGAUCCUCGAGACAGGCAACCAACAACUCCAAGGGUGGCCCAGUCUUGUGGAUGUCUGAGUCGGUCCACGCCGUUGCAGGGCCACGCGAAGAAGCCACGCCGAUCAGCUGCUCCAAUAUAUCUCGAACCACGGCCUUGGAGCUUCAAUUCCCCCUUUCCUUUUCCUCGUCAUGGAAGCGUUGCAGAUCUCCCCACGGGACAAGAGCGACUACAUGAAUCUCACAGCAGCGCAACGCCAUACCAUCCAGCACAUCGAAAGGCUCGGUGCCUCCAUCAGCCUGGUCGGCGUGUGCUUGAUCUUCAUAACAUAUGGCUUCUUUAGCCGUGUCCGCACCAUCCCCAACACGUUUAUCUUCUUCGCCUCGAUAGCAAACGUGGGAGCCAGCAUCGCCUGCCUGAUCGGAUAUGCUGGCCUCCUGGCGGGAGACGACUCGGCCCUGUGCCAGACCCAGGCAUUUCUCCUCGAGAUGUUCAUGCAGUCAGAUCCCUGGUGGUCGUUUGCGAUGGCAGUCAACGUCUACAUGGUCUUCUUUAUGAGUUACUCCCCAAACGACUUUCACAAGCAUCUGUGGCUCUACUGCCUAAUCUGCUACGGCAUACCCGCGGUACCGGCAUUCGUCUGUCUCUUCUACACACCCAACGGGAAACGCAUGUAUGGCAAUGCCACGUUGUGGUGCUGGAUCGACGAUUCGUACAAUCAGUUGCGCAUCUUCACCUAUUAUCUGCCUAUCUGGACGUGCAUCUCUUUGUCCGCCGUCGUCUACGUGGCGGUCGGAUACCAAGUGUUCCAUCAGCGCAAUCAGCUACGCAACUUGACCCUCAGCAACCACGCGAAGGAUACCUACGGACUCAGCCUUAAAGACUCCCCCGAGAAGGGUCAACAAUGCUAUGGUACCGUGACAACCGAGGUCCAGGUGACAGCAGAGUCUUCUGGCAGUCAGACGCCGCCUUCGACACCAGAAGGAUCCAUCGCGCCGGUCCUGCACAAGUCCCAUGCCUCUGCUGCACACUCCCCCUGGGGAUCACCGGAUCAUUACGGCGUCGACAACACCGUCUCGUCGGCAGGCGCAGUGCACAACAAGCCCUUCACGACCAUUUCGAGCGUUUCGACCAGACCGCGCGAGGCGAAGAAGAAACAAAGCAUCCUGAAGACGCUCGCCCGCACGUGGCGCAAGUUCGUCAACAAGCUGGGCAACCUCGACCCGAUCAAGCUGGCCUACCUGCGCACCUCGUUCGUCUUCGCCAUCUCCAUCCUCGUCACCUGGACGCCGAGCAGCAUCAACCGCGUCUACUCGCUCAUCCACCCGACCCGCACCAGCUACGGCCUCAACCUGGCGGGCGCCAUCGUGCUGCCGCUGCAAGGGCUGUGGAACGCCAUCAUCUUCGCGGCUACCAGCUGGAACAUCCUCAGGGACGAGUUUGACGAGCUGCGGCGCGGUCGGUGGCCUGGCUUCCGCGGUCACUGCCGAGUCGGCGACGACCGCGGCGGCAAGCUGCCUGCUGCUGCUGCUUCCCGGCACGGCACCAUCCCCCUGGAGGACCGUGAGCUGCCGUCUCUUAACAGUGUAAUGUCUCGGACGACGAAUGUAAGGGUCAUUAGGGGUGGUUCGCUUUAGGAAUCAGGUUCGGGACGAUGGGAGGAAAGGUUCUUUUCCUAUGUUUCAUCUACAUUGGUGCGUCAGACUUUUCGUCUUGCCUUUUGGAAGGAUUGCUACUGCAGGAUCACUGCGACGCUGUUGGGGGAGGACAAAACGGUUGCUUUUGCCCCGGCAGGGGCCCUAUACCCGGGGAUUUACGUCGGUAUUUUCUCCUUGCGUCUUCUUGCUUUCUCGUCGGGCACUCAUGCGGCACCUAAACUCUCCGAUGACUGGGAUUU